AUGGUGACUCAGUCAGGUAUCAUGGUGACCCAGCUAGGUAACAUGGUGACUCAGACAGAUGUCAUGGUGACUCGGCCAGGUAACAUGGCGACUCAGCCAGGUAAAAUGGUGACUCAGCUAGGUAAAAUCGUGGCUCAAAAAGUUGUAAAUGUGGAAAAGAUAGAUGGCCAGAGUCAGGUGGAAUUUGCAGAUAAACUCCACUCUGUCUCAACAGACAUUUUUCAAACACGAGACUCAGAAACACAAACACCAUCAACUGUGACCUCUGUGACCCCUACCCAGACUGCAUCAGUGAGACCUCAGUGUCAACAACACAAACUGAUGACAUCACUGCUUCUUGUGGCAGUACCCAAGAUCACCUCUACUGUCAAUUUGGAAUUUCAAUAUCCAAGAUUAGUGGAGCUCAAUCAAAGGGAGAUAAUGCAGAAGGAAACCUGUGCAGCAACCAGUCUCCUGAAGUUUCUCACACUUUCAGGCAAGGCACCAAAGGAAGCGAUGGCAUAUAACUGUAAUGAGACACCUGAUAUUGGGCAAACUCCAAACCAGGUCAUUGAGAAAGGAGAUUGUACAAAAGACAACCUCUGCUGCAGUCAGACUUGGCAACCUGCCAGCCAGUCGAGCAUUGCUGGUAAUUCUACCUGUAAUUUGGUUCCAACACUGGUCUCGGGUAAUAACAGUCAGUGUGCAUUACAGGAUACAAAGGCCCUUAACCUGGAAUCAUUCAGCAUAGAGAAAUCUUUGUGUGUUGAUCCUUUGACCCCUGUGUCUCCAAGUUUAGUGACGAACAAAGUUUGUGGUAAAGUUGCCACAAGUCUAGAGAAGCCUGGCUCUAGAUGUGCAAACACUGUUUUGACACCAGUUGGGAACCAGUACCACCACAGCAAGGAAGAUCAUACCUGUACAACACCUGAAACGAGUUUACAGGGAAAGGUAAUUAAGCAGUGCACAGUGCUGUCCAAAGAUGAUACCAGUGCUAGUGUUAAGAUUAUGCCAGCUGUACAGCCAUCAGGGGAUUCGGUGACAACGGUAGCCCUGGAAAGGAAGGACCUGUCAACUCCUAUGAUAGCCUUUUGUACAACACAGGUACAAACUGCUAGGUGCUCUGGACUAACCAAACCAGCAACAGUAGUCUCAAAGAGUGUUACAAGUUUAGAAGUUCCCCCUGUGGCAAGCCAUGGGACUAAUAACAGAGGGUGCGGUCAGUAUGUUACAGACACCAGACAAGGAUUGGUGGAACCACUGAGUCCCGUCAGAGCUUCUCUGCGAGUGCCUCAAUUUAGCUCCAAAGGAGUGCAGCACUCAUGUCCUUUGAGGAACCCCAAAAAAAUCAGCGCACCUCAGAUUGGCAGCUUAGAAACAAACCAAAAUCCAUUGCUGAGGACUCCACCAGCUGUGUUCACCAUGGGUUCCCUCCCUUCCUCUGUAGCCUCAGCCAGGAGUUGUCAACUUGGGAGUGCACUGUCCAAUCAGAGUAAUCCCCCCUUGACCGUUAACAGUGUGGACAAGUCAGUAAUUUGUGCAGACAACCCAGAAAAAGUCACUGUGUCAUCAUCAUUACCCAGGAACUCUCCACGAAAAGAAGAUAGAGAUGACCCUGCUAACGAGACAAAGUUGAGUCCUUAUUCUCAGUUCUCAAUCCAACUAAAACCUGGUUACCAGGAUUCUCAUCACCUGAGCCAGAUCCAGAAUUUUGAUGUACCAUCCACACCCUGCCUGAAUUCUCUCCCUUUAGGUGAAGAUGACCCACACAUGUCAAAGCCGUCAGUACUAAGUGUAGAAAACUUGUCCAGUAUUAAAAGCACACCAGUCACUCCAAAAGGUGUUCUGAAAGAUGGGCUCAGCUCUGACAAGAAGACCACCAAAUCUGUACACUUUGCUGGUUUCAAAACUCGCAGCCCUCCCAAGCGACGCAUUCCAACGGACGGAGAUACGCCACUUUUCUCUGACACAGAAGAAGAAGAAGGCAUGGAAUUGGGUAGUCAGAUGUCUUCCAUACAGGCAAUACUGAGCCCAGAGAGUCCCAGACCAGGUCGCAAGAGGAAACACCCUCAAACAUAGAGAGGAAACCUUAACAAAACUGAAGAGGACAUGAAAAUGGGGAGUCAGAUGAGCUCUAUACAGGCAGUACUCAGCCUAGAAAGUCUCAGACCAGGCCGCAAGAGGAAACAUCCUCAAACAUAGAGAGGGAACCUUAACAAAACUGAAGAGGACAUGAAGCUGGGAGUCAGAUGAGCUCUUUUACAGGCAUUACUCAACCUAGAGAGUCCCAGACAAGGUCGCCAGUGGAAACAUCCUCAAACAUAGAGAGGGAACCUUAACAAACCUGAAGAGGACAUGAAGCUGGGAGUCGGAUGAGCUCUUUUACAGGCAUUACUCAGCCUAGACAGUCCCAGACAAGGUCGCAAGAGGAAACAUCCUCAAACAUGGAGAGGGAACCUUAACAAAACUGAAGAGAACAUGAAGCUGGGAGCCAGAUGAGCUCUUUUACAGGCAAUACUCAACCUAGACAGUCCCAGACAAGGUCGAAAGAGGAAACACCCUCAAACAUAGAGAGAAUACCUUAACAAAAACUGUUGAGGACAUGGAGCUGGGGAGUCAGAUGUCCUCCAUCGCAAAGGAAGCAUCCGCAGCAUAGAUAGAGAGGAAGCAUCGACAAAACUGAAGCGGACAUGGGACUAGAGAGUCAAAUGUCCCUCAAGCAGGCAAUACUGAUCUGCCUGGUAUCCUUCCACCGUAAUGCUGGCCGCCGUCGUAAAAGUAAAAUAUUUUUGUGUAUGGCGUAAAACACCAAGCAAAUAAAUAAAU